AUCUCACAAGUGUAGAAGUGCUCUAGUGCAACAACACAUCCACUAAACUUCACUGUGACCACGUUUAGUAAACGCUCCUUGCUGUUGGCCGUGCUCUGUCACAUUGAAUUGUCGCCGGAACUGGAAAAUGUACAGUGUACAGGGGCGCUACGUAGCAGUUUGCGUUGUUGUUAUUUUGAUCGCCUCCUCUACCCGCCUUAACUGGCAGAAAGUCUUCGGUCGUCUCGCUCCUCGCUUCUUCAACAAGGGGGCUUGGGUGGACACAGGGGAGCUCCCAGACCCCGAAAAACCACUGCCACCCUCCCCCAGUUUAGAGCACAGCUUCCGCAAGGCAGCCGUCUGCACUGAUGGCAACCCGUGCUCAAUCAUCGGCAGAGACAUCUUGGCCAAGGAAGGUUCAGCAGUGGACGCUGCUGUAGCAGCACUGUUCUGCAACGGGGUGGUCAACAUGCAGAGUAUGGCACUGGGCGGAGGGUUCAUCAUGACAGUGUACCAACGCAAGACCAAGACCGCUCACGCUCUGGUUGCCAGAGACACUGCUCCAGGUGCCGCUAAGAAGGAUAUGUUCGCCCGCAAGCUCCAUAAGUCUGAUGAUGGAGCGCUCGCGACAGGGGUUCCCGGAGAGCUGCGAGGAUACAGGGAGGCGCACGAGAAGUUCGGCCGUCUCCCGUGGGCCGAUUUAGUACAACCUACGAUAAAGAUCUGCGAAGAGGGUUUCCGCAUGAGUGAAUAUACAGAAAGCUGCCUUAAAAACCGGUUUCGGUUUAUAUUUUCCCUUAACGAUCCUAACUUGAGGGAGUGGUUUGUGGACAAAAAAGGACGUUUAAAGACUAAGGGGAGUCUGAUCCGACCCCGACAGUUGUGCGAAACUCUCAAAGUGAUUGCGCAAGAGGGAGGAAAGGCGUUACACGAUGGUACUCUCACCAAGACGUUCGUUGACGACGUACAAAGUAUGGGAGGCCUUAUCACCGAAGACGACAUGCGGAACUACAAACCAGAAUGGACAGAUCCUAUCACUGUGAAGCUACAAGACGACACAGUCUACACCUCUCCUCCACCCGGUGCCGGCGUUCUCCUCACCUUCAUCCUCAAAAUCCUCGAAGGAUACAAUCUAACCCCAGACAGCGUGAGUACGCUCGACAAAAUGACAACAACCGUUCACAGGAUGGUGGAGGCGUUUAAGUACGCUUACGCCAAGCGCACAGAAUUGGGCGAUCCGCUCUUUGUUGAUAUCAAAAAGCAACUAGCCGACCUGAUGUCUGAGGACUACAUUAACAAUAUACGAUCACAGAUCAAGGACGAUCAAACGUUUGAGAAGGCCACCCACUAUGGCGCCGUGUACUACAACCCUGACGACCAUGGCACGUCACACAUCAGUAUCCUUGCGCCGGACGGAGACGCUGUGGCGGUCACUAGCACUGUUAAUAAAUAUUUUGGCGCAGGAAUCACAUCAAAGAGAACGGGAAUCUUACUGAACAGUGGGAUGGAUGACUUCUCGAUACCCGACGAGACACAUUUCAAUGGAGUUCAUCCGGCUCCCGCCAACUUUAUAGAACCAGGCAAGCGGCCAAUGAGCUCCACGUGCCCCACGAUCAUAGUAGACAGCAAUGGAGACGUGCGGAUGGUCGUCGGGGCCGCAGGGAGCACCCAUAUCACCACCGCAGUGUCAUGGGUCAUAAUACAAUAUUUAUGGUUGGGAAAGUCAAUCAAAGAAGCAGUGGAUGCAAGAAGAUUCCAUCAUCAGCUGUAUCCAAUGGAGCUUGACUACGGAUAUGGAGUCACUUCUCCAUUAGUCAAGAGCCUAGAAAAACUUGGUCACAAAAUGUACAGAUUUGGAGCCAGAGGCUCCAUUGUUUGUGCUAUCGCCAAAAAAGACGACCGCAUUUACGCCAACGCAGAUUUUCGUAAAGACAGUAGUAAUGUUUGCGGAAUAGACUGAAGAAGAUUUUAAUCGUUUGAAUCUGGCCCUAAUUUUUUAAUUUUUUUUGUUAGGUUUUUAUAGUAAUAGUCUCAUUUUUUCUAUAUCACAACCGUAUGUUUUCCUUUUCUUUUAAAUUUUAUAAACCAUAUUCUUUUACUUUUAUUUUCAGAACUGCAUAUAGCCUAUUCUAGUUUUUAAGCAUAAAAAAACCCAAAUUUGCUGUUUUUCAAUAAUUCAUGAAAUAGUGAUUAUUAUUAUCCUCAGUUUAGAAAAUACAUUUUGCGCCUGGCUAUUUGACAAGUUUAGAAACACCACUUAUUAAUAGAAACAAUUUUUAUUGGAUUAAAAUCCAUUCGGUUUAACAGCAGUGUUAGUAUUUUUAAAUGGACUUCCCGUGAUUUCCCUAAAAUGAGUGAAAACUAUUUUAACAGUUUACAUAUCAGAAGUGUUUUUUGAAAUUGUUUUGUAAUAAAAAAUGAAUUAUUACCGGUAGUAUAGUUUACCUCAAUUUUUUUUAUUUCUUUACGUUUCAUAUUUUUCCAUCAUAAGUUUAUAAGUUUGUAACUCAUUUUCAUGAUAACAAUUUAAAUUUCAAAUCUCAUUUUGGCCUCUUUUUAAUCAAGUUAAUGUACACAAUACGCAAAGCUUUCAAAUGUGACUGUGAUCUUAGGUUUGUUCAAUACACUAAAUUUAAAGAGCCUCGAUAUAAAUUUAAAAUGGCAAAUUUAAAUCGAUGGAAGAUUUGAAUCUUUUUGUCCUGUUGAUCCUGUAGGUACUUGUAAUGCUAGCCUUUUGUUUUUCUUCAGAGUCUACCUAUUACUUAUUAUUGUAUGCACUAUCUAGAAGUAUUAUUAUUAUGUCUUGAUUAUUAUGAUUCUUUUGCAUCUUGUGUUUAUAUCAUUUGUAUAUCAUUAGCACAUUAUUUACUGAUAUAUCCUCUUGUAUAUCUUCUCGUAACGCUUGCUUCUUGUUUUUCUUCAGAGUCUACUUGUUACUUACUAUUCUAUGCACUAUCUAGAAGUAUUAUUAUUAUGAUUUGUAUGCAUCUUGUUGUCUUAGAUCAGUUGUAUAACUUUUGCACGUUAAAUACUUAUCUUUGUUCACUUAUUGUAUUUAGUAUUGCUUGUUUUUUCUCUCAAAUGUUUACGUUUGCUCCAAUUCAAAACCACCAAUCUCUCCUUAAUAAUUGCCAGUUUGAGUUUAUUUGUUAUUUAUUAUGCAUGCACUAUUUAUUAUUACGUCUUACUCUUAAUUAUGUUUUAAACGUAUAUUGAUUCUUCUGUGAGCAUGAACUAUUACUGUUUGUAUAACUUUGUUUCUUUGUGCAUGGUACUUGAUGUGUAAUGGUUUUGGCUGUAAAUAAAUGAAUUGAAUUGAA